AGUAAACAGCAACUAUAUAUUAUGUAGUUGUAAGUCUUCGUGGGUAGUUAAUUAAUACAAGAAUAUAGUCUGAGAUUCAUCGAUGAAAAUCCUAUCAUCAUGGACUCAUCGUCAAUGAUUUUAUUUUGACAGUAAAGACAGGUAAUUUCUUCAGUGGAAAUAUCGUAUAGGGUUAUUUUAUAUUUCGUGUUAUAAUUUGUGGGGAAGGGAAUGAACAGAACUCGCAAAAUUGGAGGAAAGAAAUCAAUGAAGAGAGAGACUUGCCACUGUUACGGAACAAGUACGUGACGGACCUGGACACCUCUUUUAAUGAGGGUUCCUGCAAUUGGGCAAUAAAAGCCGUAAGUCCUCGAUUCUCACGAGUUUCUCUAUCCUCCCUCCUUCGAUGAUAAUGUAGUGUCGAGCCGCUACCAUUUCAGUACUCACAGCCAAGCAGAGAGAGAGAGAGGAGUUUUGUGUUCAAAGAAAAAAGAAAACGAAAAAACAGAUUUUCACGACAGUGAAAAUGGUGGGACCGAGUAGACCGCAAUUUGUUUUCUUUGGAUCGUCCAUUGUACAACUCUGCUUCAGCCAUGGCGGUUGGGGUUCCAUCCUCUCCGAUAUCUACUCUCGCAAAGCAGACAUAUUGUUGCGAGGGUACUAUGGAUGGAACUCGCGGCGUGCUAUCCAGGUUCUCGAUCAAGUUUUUCCGAAGGAAGCUCCUGUGCAACCAUCUCUGGUGAUAGUUUAUUUUGGUGGUAAUGAUUCGAUGGGGCCUCACUCGUCUGGCCUGGGCCCUCAUGUACCGCUUAAUGAAUACAUCGAGAACAUGAGAAAGAUUGCAAUUCAUCUCAAGAGCCUUUCAGAUACAACACGCAUCAUUUUUCUGAGUUGUCCUCCCGUUGAUGAGACCAGAGUUGGUUCAGGCUUAAGUGGAGUUUUCAGUGAAUUGAUACGAACAAAUGAGCUGUGCCAAAAUUAUUCCAAUGCUUGCAUAAAACUAUGCCAGGAAAUGGGCGUGGAGGUUGUUGAUCUUUUCUCUGCCUUUCAAAAAAGAGAUGAUUGGACAAAAGCUUGCUUUACAGAUGGCGUUCAUUUAUCUGCAGAGGGAAGCAAAAUAGUCGUGGAGGAGAUCUUGAAGGUGCUGAGGGAAGCUGAGUGGGUUCCAUCUCUUCAUUGGAAGUCCAUGCCCACUGAAUUUUCAGAGGAUUCACCUUACUAUCUUGUUACCGCUGAUGGGAAACGAACUCUAAACCCCUCUGAGUGGACUUUUCACAGGGAGGUUCACUGGGACUAGGUUGCAAGCAAAACUCUCUUCACUCCUCUUUCAAAUGCCAGAGCCGCAACUACAGCUCGAAGAAAACAAGCUUCUCCUUCCAGAGUCCGUGCAAAAAAUAAUUAGCUUAGAGUGAGAUAAUUACAGUACAGUUCACUCUUGCCAACUGAUGUUGAACUCCAUUUAUUUUUAAUUGAAUUGUUCCUUGUAUAGCCAUAGGUUCUGGUAGCAACAUAUAAUCGUUUCCAAAAUGCAAAUUAAUCUGAAGGAUAGAAUCGGUGAUG